UGCCGAAAGGCCUAGUGGGGGUGGGUCCAAGCUUGGGUUUCUGGCGCUCCUGGAACUUUCUGGAGCUCGUUCUUCCACCGGGUCGGCCCGAGAAUACAGGGGUGUGAGGCAACAGCUGGAAUUGCCCAGGGCCGUUGCAAUUCCGAGCAAACUCGGAAUUUUCAAAUCAGUGGGGCGGCCGCCGCGGCUUGCGAGAACGUGGUGGAACUGGACUGCGGGCGGGUGCUGUGUGCCGAAUAAGUGUCUCACAGAACAAAGCCCUGCAGCACCUCCACCCUGCUGCCUCUUCGUUUGCCUCUUUCGAGUUAGCUCUGACAGCUUAGUUCUCUUGCCUCUUUCAGCUUAGUUCUUUAGUCCUGAGGUUCUGGGAACCCACUGAGCAAGAAAUGCUGAGCAAGAUGGCUCUGGACCCCAGAAAAAUCUCACAGGCCUUGUUUAUUGAUCCUUUUCACACGCAGUCCCUGACCUCGUAAUUCAAACUGCGAAGUUGGAAGAGCUCUGUACACACUUCUACACACGAGUUAUGUACCUUCGGCCUUGCUGCCUCGUACGCGUUAGGCUCCAGAGCAGCAAGCACUAAACAGGGAAACGUUUGCAAUCCCUUUGUGCAAACUGAGGACGUUGAGCUCUUCCCUGACCUGGCGUUCGCCUGGCUUGGCUAGCAGGAGGCACGGAGUAGCACCAAGAGUGACUGACAGAUUGUUUUAUUUGAUUUUCUAAAUUCCACCUGUCUGAGCUUGGAUCUACCGUCUGCAAAGCAACUGCACGUACAAUCCAGGGCAACUUUAAGGCUGGGGGUACACCUCAAGAUGGAAUGAAGAAUUAAGGAAGAACAGUGCUGCACAGUACCAGAAUGGCACAAGGAACAUACUGGGCAUGAAGUAAUUUUUUUAAACCCUUGCCUGGGGAUAUGUUCAUUGAUUUGAGAGAGAGAGGAAGGGAGAGAGAAACAUCGAUCAGUUGCCUCUCCUAUGCACCCCGACUGGGAAUCAAACCCACAGCCUAGAGCAACAAUGCGGGUGUGCUGGUUGGUGAGACAGGACAACCGGCACCAGCGGAUCAAACUUCCACAUUUGGAAGCAGUCACCAUUGGGCGGAGCCCAGAGACCAAGAUCACUGAUAAGAAAUGUUCUCGACAGCAAGUACAGUUGAAAGCAGAGUGUAACAAAGGAUACGUCAGGGUAAAGCAGGUAGGGGUCAAUCCCACCAGCAUUGACUCAGUCAUAAUUGGGAAGGACCAAGAGGUAAAGCUGCAGCCUGGCCAGGUUCUCCACAUGGUGAAUGAACUUUAUCCAUAUAUUGUAGAAUUUGAGGAGGAGGCAAAGAGCCCUGGCCUGGAGACACACAGGAAGAGAAGGAGGUCAGGCAGCAGUGAUUCUGUAAAAAGGGAUGCUGCCCAGGAAGCUGAGCCCGGUACAGGACUGCAGCCGGGGAGUGACUCUAGCCAGUGCUUUGUGCCCCCAAACAAGGGAACAGAUGCAUCUACCAAAAAGGAGUCAUUGGGCCACUGGAGUCAAGGCUUGAAGAUUUCUAUGCAGGACCCCAAAAUGCAGGUUUACAAAGAUGAGCAGGUGGUGGUGAUUAAGGAUAAAUACCCCAAGGCUCGUCACCACUGGCUGGUCUUACCAUGGGCCUCCAUUUCCAGUCUGAAGGCUGUGACCAGGGAACACCUGGAGCUCCUCAAACACAUGCAUGCGGUUGGGGAAAAGGUGAUUGCAGAUACUGCUGAGUCCAGCAAACUCCGCUUUCGAUUGGGCUACCAUGCCAUUCCCAGUAUGAGCCAUGUCCACCUUCAUGUCAUCAGCCAGGAUUUUGAUUCUCCUUGCCUUAAAAACAAAAAACACUGGAAUUCUUUUAAUACAGAAUACUUCCUAGAAUCACAAGCUGUGAUCGCAAUGGUACAAGAGGCUGGCAGAGUGACUGUCCGAGAUGGGAUGCCUGAGCUCUUGAAGCUGCCCCUGCGUUGUCAUGAGUGCCAGCAGCUGCUGCCUUCCAUUCCUCAGCUGAAAGAGCAUCUCAGGAAGCACUGGCCAGAGUGAUUCUGUGGAGCCUGAGCUUCUGCAGCAAGUAUGACUGAAUGUUUAGAGCAAACUCCUGGCCCCUGUUCUGGACUGCUUGUGAACUUUUACUUACUUCUUGAAUUAAAAAUAUAUAGUUUUUUGUUUUGUUUGUUUUUGUAAACAAAGCUUGUACUAUUCCUGAGUGGCUACAGUGUGGGGUGACUUGAACUGGUUCAGGAAUUAGGAAUUUGGGUUUGUCAUGAAUAUGUUCUCUGGUUGGUGAGGGUGGCUAGGAUAGGCCCAAUCGUAUCUAGGACCCAUGUCAGCUCUGACUAAUAUGAGCAAAACUAUGUUCAAACUGACCUAAUGCAGGAAUGGAAGCAGAGGGUGGACUAUGUAUUUCUUCUCCUUAAAAUUAUCCUUCCUUCCUGGAGACAUUCAGUAACCUUUCCUCAGAGCAGCCAGAGGGAUCCCUUGUUUAUCCUGAAAGGCACCGUUUAGUUUUGUUUUCUGAACUUUAAUCAAAGAAAAUGUUCAAUUACAGUUUACAUUCAAUAUUACCUUAUAUUAGUUUCAGGUAUAUAGUAUAGUGGUUAGAUAACCAUGUACUUUGCAAAGUGUUUCCCCUAGUAUUUUCAGUACCCAGUUGUCACCAUACAUAGUUAUUAUAAUAUUAUCGAUUAUAUUUUUUUCAAAGAUUUUAUGUAUUUAUUUUUAGAGAGAGGAGAAGGGAGGGAGAGAUGGAGGGAAACAUCAGUGUGUGGUUGCCUGUCACGUGUCCCCUACUGGGGACCUGGCCCACAACCCAGGGAUGUGCCCUGACUGGGAAUCCAACCUGUGACCCUUUUGUUUGCAGGCUGGUACUCAAUCCACUGAGCCACACCAGCCAGGGCUGAUUAUAUUUUCUAUGCUAUACUUGUUCUCUGAUCUUAUUUGAUUCUAUAAUAUACUUUCUCUUUUCCUCUGUCAUGGGGAGACUUAAUUUCUUCUGUUCUUUUCAUGUUUUUCUAUCCAAAACCACCCAAAUUCUCCCUUCUCAGAAAGUCUGUCUCAUAAGUUCUCUCUCACCCUGAGCAAACAGGCUUGGUGAUGGGGUGGAGGGAUGGGGUUUCCUUCUAAUAUCGGGGGUUCCUGGAUGAUGAGGAACUAUGCAGCCUAAUGUUCAUCACAGUUCAGCUGUCAAGUCUCCUUGCUCUCCUGCUUGGAUCUGUUGUCUGAAAAUAAAGUUGAUUUGUUUGGGGUGUCUCUCUCAUGUAGUGGAAAACUGUUGGGAGUUUAGCGAACAGUCACAGGUCAUUUCUGAUACACGUAAAAGUAGUUGUUGAAUGAAAAAGUUGCAGAGAACUGCACAGCUUCAUUUUCCCCUCAGAAGGAAUUUGGACAGAACAGUUGGAUCAAAUCAGCUUUUGGAACUAAAAGUAAGGGAAAGUCUAAAGUGUUUUGAUUAAAUUGUUUGAUUAAAUUGGG